CACACCAACGCAAAUCGAUCGCGCCACCACCCCCUCUCCUCUCACACUAUCAAUUGCUCUUGUCAUCUCUGAUCUGCCUGCCGCUGCGCCAGCUGCCUCCUCCGAUCUCUCUCUCACUCUCACACACACGUACUAGCUAGCAAGUGCACACAGACAAUGUGACUCUGUGAGAGAUCUAUCGGGCAUGGAGGAGGAGAGCAGCACGCUCAUACGGCGCCGGACUAGUUUGCCGGCGACCACGGUGAUGAUGGUGGUCCUCCUCCUCCUCCUCUGCUGUAACUGUGGUGUCGAGGUGGUGGUGGCUACGGCUGAUGAGUCGUCUCCGGCGCCGGUCGGCAAAGGAGGAAGUGAUCAUGGCAGUUGCCCCGGCGGCGACGGCGACGGCGAAGGGUACAGGAAGCAGCUGUGGGUGUUUGGCGACUCGUACGCGGACACGGGAAACCUGGGUAACCUUGGGAGGGAGCUGACCCACGCCUGGUACUACCCCUACGGCAUCACCUUCCCGCGACACCCCACCGGCCGCUUCUCCGACGGCCGCGUCCUCACCGACUUCGUUGCUUCGGCCGUUGGCAUCGCGACGCCGGUGGCGUACAAGCUGCGGCGGCGCGGCGGGCACGGCGGCGAGGUGGCGUCGCGCGGGAUGAACUUCGCGGUGGGCGGGUCGGGCGUGCUGGACACGGGCUACUUCCAGCGCAACAUCAGCUCGCAGAUCGACCUGUUCCAGAAGCAGCUGCGCGGCUGCGGCCCCACCGGCGUCGCGCUCGUCGUCGUCUCCGGCAACGACUACUCCGCCGUCGUAGACAAGAACAACGGCACAAGCGAGGCGGCGAUCGCGUACAUCCCGACGGUGGUGAGGGGGCUGCGGGAGCAACUCCGGCGGCUGCGCGACGAGGUAGGGAUGAAGAAGGUGGUGGUGACCAACCUCCACCCCAUGGGCUGCACCCCGUACUUCACGCGGCUGCUCAACUACUCCGGCUGCGACACGCUGGCCAACGCCGGGUCCGACCAGCACAACGCCGCCCUCCGCUCCGUCCUCCACGACCUCGACCCCGCCAACACCACCUUCCUCCUCCUCGACCUCCACACCCCCUUCCUCAACCUCAUCACCGCCGCCGCCGACGACAAGUUCCCGGUGCGGCUGCGGCCGUGCUGCGAGACGUUCACGGCGGACGGCCACUGCGGGCAGGAGGACGAAGCCGGCAACAAGCAGUACACGGUGUGCGACGACCCGGAGCGGCACUUCUACUGGGACGACGUGCACCCCACGCAGGCCGCCUGGGCCGCCGUCGCCCAAGCCUUCACCCCCGCCAUCCACCGCUUCCUCUCCACCUGAACGAACGAAUGAAUACUCACCAACCAGCUUUCUCAUUUCCGACGAAAUUCCGCGAAAUUUCGACGUUUCUAUAUGGCUCGGAAUUAAGUUUCGAUUCGAAUUUCGAAGGUUAAACAGUAGAUUUGAUCGAAAUUCAGUAGAUUUGCUCCUUGCACUUCUUCUUCUUCUUCUUCUUCGUCUUCUUGAACAACUUUUUUUGGGGCCUAUCUAAUUUAUUAUUACCUUUGGAUGAUGAUUUGUUGCAACUGGAUAGCAGUA